UCUUUCUCUCUCCAUCUCAUCACCUGGUUCUGGUUUCAGUUGUUCGAUUCGUCUCCCGAGUACCGAUUUCACCUCCAAGCUCAUUCCUUUCUUCGAUUCUAUUACUCUUCUUCUUUUCUUUCCUCAAACCCUAAUAUUCGUAUUGAAUUCUUGAUUUGAUUUGGGGUUUUAGGGUUUUAGGCAGAAUUAUACAAUGGAUGAGGAUCAAGAGAUGGAGAAGUUUGGAAUGGACAACGAUUUCGAAGACGCGCAAUGGAUUGGGGGCGAGUUCUACUACCGGAAGCGCAAAGAAAAGCCUCUCCAGACCAAAGACGAUGCCCUUUAUGGUGUAUUUGCUGAUGAUGAUGACGACGACGACGAUGAUUACCCUAGAAAGCAGCGCCGCAAGGAUCGUAAUCAGCCUAACCUUUCCAAGCCUGUCAAUUUCGUCUCCACUGGUACUGUCAUGCCCACCCAGGAGAUUGAGAACCACUCUAAGGAAGCUAUUGAUGCCGAUAAUCAUGACGAUAGUGCUCCACGCCCGGGUCUUGGUCUGGGUUUUGGCUCUUCUACUGUAACGAAGGCUUCGGCUGAGGCUGUUGAAGGAGUUGAUGACGAGGAUGACGGCGAAAGCUUCUUGCCCACGGCUUUUGGGAAGAAGAUAAUGGAGGGUGCUCAGAGGAGGGAAAAAGAAAGACAACAACAGAAGAGGCUUAAGUUGCUUCAGCAGAAUGAUUCUCAACAAUCCCAGAGUGGUAAACGCCAAUCUGAUGCUGCUGGGAAUGUUGGAGUGUUUGAGAAACAUACCAAAGGUAUUGGGAUGAAGCUCCUUGAGAAAAUGGGGUAUAAAGGAGGAGGUCUUGGCAAGAACGAGCAAGGGAUUGUUGCCCCGAUUGAGGCCAAGUUGAGGCCUAAGAAUAUGGGAAUGGGAUAUAAUGAUUACAAGGAGGCUGAGAAAGUGCCAACACUACAAGAAUUGACUAAGCCCAAGCCUACGGCCGUGCCUUUGGCUGCCUCAACUCAGCCCUCCAAGGAAAAGCUCUGGUCGAAACGAGCACUAGCUAAACAAAAGAAGAAUCUUGAUUACAUGACAGCUGAGGAAUUGCUUGCUAAAAAGCAGGAGCAGCAAGGUGGCGGCGCUGAGGUUGUUGUUCAAAGGGUGUUGGAUAUGCGUGGUCCCCAGGUUCGUGUUGUGACCAACUUAGAGAAUUUGAAUGCUGAAGAGCGAUCCAAGGAAGAAGACAUUCCCAUGCCCGAGAUUCAGCAUAAUGUGAGGUUGAUAGUGGAUUUAACCGAGCUCGAUAUUCAGAAGAUUGAUAGGGAUUUGAGGAUGGAGAGGGACACAGCAAUGGCGUUGAAAGACGAGAAGGAAAGAUUAGAAGUUGAGGCGGCAAGACAGAAGAAACAACUAGAUAGCAUGGAGGAGAUCAUGGGUGUACUGGACCGAUUGGGAGAAGAGAAUUCUAUGGGAAUCUUAACUUUGGAUUCACUUGCAAAGUGCUUUAGUGACUUACAAAGAAGAUAUGCUGAAGAGUAUAAGUUGUGCAAUUUAUCCUGUAUUGCCUGCUCGUUUGCUUUGCCUUUGUUUAUUAGGGUGUUUCAAGGCUGGGACCCUCUUCGAAACCCGUCUCAUGGUUUAGAGAUGGUAUCUGCUUGGAAGGCUUUGCUUCAAGGAGCGGAAUCCUUGGAUAUAUGGGACUCAGCUUCUCCAUAUUCUCAACUGAUUUCUGAGGUUGUGGUGCCUGCCGUGAGAAUCUCUGCCGUCAAUACUUGGCAGGCUAGGCACCCGGAACCCAUGCUUGGAUUUAUAGAUUCUUGGGAGAAGCUGUUGCCUUCAUCAGUUCUUGAGACCAUAUUGGAUGAUGUAGUUAUGCCGAAAUUAAGGAGUGCUGUGGACACAUGGGAGCCGCACCGGGAGACUGUUUGUAUCCAUGUCUGGGUGCACCCAUGGCUGCCGCUGUUGGGACACAAGUUGGAGGAUGUUUAUCAAACAAUACGCUCCAAAUUGAGUAAUGUUCUUGGUGCUUGGCAUCCUAGUGAUGGUUCUGCUUUUAUUUUACUAUCACCAUGGAAGUUUGUUUUUGACUCAAUCAGUUGGGAACAAUUAAUGCGUAGAUUUAUAGUUCCCAAAUUAUCGCUUAUCCUGCAAGAGUUCCAGGUGAACCCUGCUAAUCAAAAGCAGCUUGAUCAGUUUGAUUGGGUCAUAAAGUGGGCCUCUGUUAUACCGAUUCAUCUUAUGGUAGAUAUGCUGGAGAAGUUUUUCUUUCCCCAGUGGCUACAGGUUUUGUACCAUUGGUUGUGUUCAAACCCAAAUUUUGAAGAGGUUACAAAGUGGUUUUUGGGAUGGAAAGAACUUCUUCCUAAGGAGCUUUUAUCAAAUGAGAAUAUCCGGUCUCAGCUUAACUGUGGUCUGGAAAUGAUGAAUAGGGCUGUUGAAGGUAUGGAAGUAGUCCAACCAGGUUUGAAAGAAAAUCUUAGCUAUCUUAGAGUUCUUGAGCAAAGACAGUUUGAGGCUCAGCAAAAAGCUGCUGCACAACAAGCUGCUGCAAGCUUUGGUGGCACAAGUAGUAUGGAUGGCCCUGAGUUGAGCAUGAAAGAAGUUGUCGAGGCCUAUGCACAACAACAUGGCUUGCUUUUUAAACCAAAACCUGGGAGGAUGCACAAUGGUCACCAAAUAUUUGGCUUCGGCCAUGUAAGUAUCAUAGUAGACUCUCUAAAUCAAAGAAUAUAUGCUCAAACAGAGGAAGCUUGGUCUUUGGUAUCUCUUGAACGAUUGCUGGAUCUGCACAACAAUUCUCUUUUAAAAAGACGCUGAGUUAUGUUUUGCUCAUCUGGGUUAGUUGCAACUGUUCGGCAGUUUCUUUAAAGAGUGGUUGGCGAUCAUUGACCCUAUUUUUCUCAGGCUGUUAACAUAUUUUCAUCAGUGGCAUUGUUUCGAAAUGUGGAUCGAUACAGGACCUAGAAGAAAACAACUAGCCCUCUAUUUCCACAGCCUCACAAAUGUAUAGACUCCCAUCGUCACGGUUUCGAGGGGAAUUUUUUCCUCGCCGUUCGCUAUUCUCCUCAAGCAGGGCUACUAAACUUGCUCAUUUUAUCAAAUUGCUAUUGGAGAAGGAACCAAUGGAUUGAAGAUGAGUAUGGAUGGAUAAUUGUACAGAUUGAUGCUUCAAACUUCAUCUGUUAUACUCUCAUUUUUGCAUAAUGCUUCAUGUGUUUUGAAACACUCAAUUCAUAGUGGAUGUUUUAAACUUCCAUAUGAUUUCAUAAGCGAGUGAUUUGUAAAUUUACCUAUGAUAUAAUUCAAAUCAAUGCCUGAUGAUUUAACUUUU